CCUCCUCCGCCUCGUCGUCGUCGUCGUACUUCGUAGUCCACUCGUGGGAUCGUCCUCGCUAUCAUCAUGUCCAAGUUGCUCGUUCUCGCCGCCUUCCUGGCCGCAGCCCUCGUCAGCAGCGAGGCCAUGCACGUCGUGCCUGACCUCAACCCCGCCGCCUACGUCGGCAGAUGGUACCAGGUUUAUACCAACUACUGGGCCGAUCUUUUCUCCAACGUGUUUAACCCUGACUGUGUCACAGCUGACUAUGCCCAGAUCAACGCUACCUUCCUGUCUGUCUACAACGCCAACUACCGAUUCGAUGGCGAGUACACCGAUGACAUCAGCGGUUACGCCUUCAUCCCCGACAUCAAGGUCCCAGGAAAGCUCAAGGUCGUCCUCGAAGGCGUGCCCGUGGAGGGAGAUUACUGGAUCUUCGAUCUCGGACCCGUCGUCAACGGCCAGUACCAAUACAGUCUCGUCACCGACGGCGAGGCGGCUCGUCAGCUAUUCGUUCUCGCCCGCGACCCCGCCGAAUUUGAAGCCCUGUACGCUAAUGACGUCCUCCGUUACGUAACCCGUGUAGGAUUCACCGGCCCAUGGAGGAAACCCUAUGCCAUCCCCCACCCAUCAGAAUGCGUCUACCCACCUACCCAAUAGAUUAAAUGGACCACGCCCUAAAGAUAAACGGACCACGCCCAACCCAGUGGCGGAUCCAGGAUUUACUGCCAAGGAGUGGGGCACAAAUGACAAAUUCGAAAAUUCUAUGACAAGCACAAGAAAAGGCAUCAGGUUUUUGGUGUGACGAAAACAAGAAUAUCUGCAAAGCAACAUAUUAAAAGGUCUUCAGCCUCCGUCAUCAUCCUCCCCACAUCUUUUUUUUUGCCGGGGAAGGGGGAACCAUGCCCCUACUGCCCCUGGAUAAGCCACUGAUUUCGUAUGAUUUUAAUGCAAAGAUGGUCAAUGAUAUUAUGUAAUUGUGGGAAAGUUGACUCGCUCGUAUUAUUUAUUGAAUAAAAGCGUUGUAAAAGAA